AUGAAAAUAAUCAAGACAGGCGAUCAACAGCAUGAGGUGAUGGUAAAUAUUUAUAGAAAGUUUAUCCCGCAAAUUGGAUUGCCAUGUGAAAAACCUCAAGUUAUUAUGGAUACUACGGAUAGAUGGAAUAUUCUGGAGAACGGUACACUGUACCUCGAUGAUCACGAUGUGCUCUUAGACACUGUCAGUUAUUGUCUAUCUCCACAAUGGGACUCUACUAUAAAUGAGAAUAUUUUUUUACCACUGAGUUGUCCCAUGACAACUGAACUUGAUACUGCAACAACUUUGAAUACUUACGGUAUGCUGCUAUCGGUAGUUUUCAUUAUACCAACAAUUUUCGUGUAUUUGAUGUUGAAGGAACUGAGAGAAAAUAUAAAAAAUAAAAUAUUUAUUUGCUAUUUAAUUUGCAUGGCUGUGAGUUAUUUGAUAAUUUCCCUACUGAAUAUAUCGCGAGCGGUAUUUCAUAUUUUCUCGUGCAGUUUAAUUGGUUUUAUUGGCUAUUACUUUAUAAUGGCCACUUUUGUCUGGAUAAGUGCCCUGUGUUUUGAAAUUUGGUAUAAUUUCAAUGCUGCGUCAACGGAUUUUUGUCCCAAACGAAGUGCAAUACGUUUCAAAAUCUACUCUCUAUAUGCAUGGGGAUUAACGGGUAUUAUGACGGCCGUUCUUAUAUGGUGUCAAUUAUCAGAAUAUGUGGAUGAGAUGUAUAAGCCGGGAAUUGGUGUUAAAGUGUGUUGGUUGGAUACUAGAAAAUGGUCAGCUGCUAUCUACUUCUAUGGGCCCAGUACAAUUAUUAUGAUCUUCAGUACAAUAACAUUUAUCUACGUCUCAAGAAAAAUAUAUGAAAUACGUUUUGAUGCACUUGCUAAAUUACACAAGCAACAUUUUUUGCAAGAAAAUCUUCUAAUAUUGAUACGCCUCUUUUUUAUAAUGGGCAUAUCCUGGAUAAUGGACAUUAUCUCGUUUGCUAUGCGCGAUCAUCAGAACUUUCAUUUUAUAUUCGAUCUAACGGAUUUUUGUAAUGCCACUCAAGGUGUUCUAAUAUUCAUACUAUUCGUGGUGAGACCGGAGGUGAUGGGACCAUUGAAGAAAAAGUGA